AUUCCUCGACACAGUUCUUCAAACAGAUAGCCAUUUCAAUUCUUCUGCUUUCUACCCCCUUUUUAACAAUGGAUUUACCAGCAGUUGCUCUGAUAAUUGUCUUGACAAAUGAACUAAUAUGAAAGACUGAGCCUGUCAUCACCCUGGAGCUGAAGCCCACAAGAGGUCUGACCUGAGUCUUCUACACGGUUCGACACUGUGGGCGUUUCAUGGAGUCUUAGGGCUUGGUUUGGAACCGCACUUACACUCCAGCCACCAAGACCGUCCCAAGCUUGGCCAAAGUGAAGAAGCAAAAACGAAGAGCGUAUGAGGUGGGGGAAAGUGCAGUCCUCCGCUGUAACCCUCCCAAGAGUUCUGUCACCCCGAAAAUACAUUGGAUGGACAUGCAGUUUCACCACAUUCCUCUGAAUGAGCGAGUGACCAUAAGCCGGGAUGGAAAUCUAUAUUUUGCCAAUCUUAUAGCCAACGACAGCAGAGACGACUACACCUGUAAUGCGCACUACAUCAACGCCAGCAUCAUCCUGCCUAAAGAGCCCAUGUCCAUCUACGUCACUCCCUCAAACUCUGUGGUGAAGAAUCGACGGGCGAAGCUGCACCACCCAGCCGGAGCCCGCAGCUCAUACCUGGUGCUGAGGGGUCAAACACUGACCCUGGAGUGUAUCCCAGAAGGCCUGCCAACUCCAGAGGUGCACUGGGAUAGAAUAGACUCCGCUCUGUCUCCAAACCGCACCAAGAAGCUGUACAACAACCGCUGGCUGCAGAUAGACAAUGUGCUGGAGUCUGAUGAUGGAGAGUACGUCUGCACUGCCAGAAACAGCGAGAACUCCGUCAAACACCACUACACUGUCACAGUAGAGGCUGCUCCAUACUGGACCCGGAGGCCUGAAGAGCAUCUGUAUGCCCCGGGAGAGACGGUCAGACUGGACUGUCAGGCCGACGGUAUCCCUGCCCCGAACAUCACAUGGAGCAUCAAUGGAGUUCCUGUUUCAGGCACGGAUGUGGACCCGAGACGGCGUGUGAGUUCUGGGAAACUGAUCCUGUCCAAUGUGGAGUUCAGCGAUACGGCAGUGUAUCAGUGCGAGGCUGUCAACAAACACGGAAGCAUCCUGAUCAACACACACGUGCAUGUUGUUGAACUGCCAGCUCAGAUCCUGACCCCAGAUGAGCGCCUCUAUCAGGCCACUGCAGGACAGACUGUAAUGUUGGACUGCAGAACGUUCGGGUCGCCGCUGCCCAAAAUACACUGGGAGAUUCUAGACUCUAUUCCAGCUCUGUCCAAUGCUAAAAUAUCUCAGAUGACCAACGGAAGUCUUAAGAUCAGUAAUGUGAGUGAAGAAGACAGCAACAGAUACACAUGUUCAGUGAGCGAAACCAACAAGAGCAUCAGUGCGGAGCUAGAGGUCCUGAACAGAACAAAGAUUGUUGGACCUCCCCAAAAUCUCCAUGUUAUACGUGGAAGUGAUGCGAUUUUACACUGCAAAUACACAGUGGACCACAACUUAAAAUCCCCCACGGUUCAGUGGAAAAAGGAUGGACACAAGAUCACAGCAUCUACAAGCAAUGACAAAUACCAUGAAAUCGAAGGCUCUCUGAAGGUCUGGGAUGUUCAGAUGGAGGAUAUGGGCAUCUACAGCUGUGAGGUCAGCACUACACUGGACUCAGACACUGCCAGCGGAUACAUCACUGUUCAGGAUAAACCUGAUCCUCCUCAAUCUCUGAAGCUGUCUGAAAAGAUGGAGCGUAGCGUGACCAUCUCCUGGAUGCCGAGCGUCGAAAACAACAGUCCUGUUACGGAGUAUGUGAUUGAGAUGAACGAGGGGGAGACUCCAGACGAGGGUCAAUGGCAGAAAUACAGGAGUGUUUCUCAGGACAUCCGACAGCUGGAGAUCCACCUGCAGCCCUACAGCAAAUACCACUUCCAGAUCCGGGCAGUGAACAGCAUAGGAACCAGUGCUCCCAGCGAGUCCUCGCUCUCCUACAGCACUCCAGCAGCCAAACCGGACACGAACCCAGAGAAUGUGAUGACCCUGUCCACUGACCCAAAGAGUAUGAUCAUCUCAUGGCAGGAGAUGGAUCGGCGUCAGUUUAACGGGCCGGGGUUCCAGUAUAAGGUGUUCUGGCGUCGAGCAGCAGACAGCGGUGCACACUGGACAGAGAGCAGCGUCUCCAAUCCUCCACUGAUGGUCAAUAACACCGGAACAUUCGUCUCCUUUGAGAUUAAAGUUCAGGCCGUCAAUGAUCUUGGUGCUGCCCCAGAACCGCUCACUGUGAUCGGCUACUCCGGGGAAGACUUUCCUCUGGAGGCUCCGUCAGCGUUGUCUGUCACUGAGCUGCAAAAAACUUCUGUGAUGGUGAGAUGGAGUCCAGUCAGGCCGGAGUCUGUCCGGGGACACCUACUGGGAUACAAGAUCUAUUUGAGAAUGAAGGGUCCCAGUGGGAGACUCCGGGCCGGGCGGUCUCCAGCAGUGGGUAAUCCCACAGUGAUAGAGGUCCCUGCAGACGCGGCAGAGAAGAUCGUGAGCGACCUGCAGUAUUACUCAGAUUAUACUCUGACCAUCACUGCGUUCAACAGCAAAGGUGAAGGUCCACAUUCAGAGGAGAGCAGCUUCAGCACUCCGGAGGGCGCUCCCGGACCCGUGUUAUUCCUGCCCUUCGACAGCCCGUCUGAGAGCGAGAUCACCCUGCGCUGGGAAGCACCACACAAACCCAACGGGGAGAUCAGAGGAUACCUGCUGCAGUACCAGGAGGUUGUGACUGGCAGUGAGAGCCCACAGCAUGUGGAGUCCAUCGAUCUGCCGGCGGUGACGGAGUUCACACUGAAGAAUCUGAAUCCGGAGAGCCGCUACACCUUCCACCUCAGUGCCCGAAACAGUGCCGGCGAUGGGGCUCCGGCCAUACAGAGCGGCGCCACCCUGCUGGACGGAGAACCUCCAUCUGUAAUCAACAUGACAGCUGGAGAAACCUCCGUCAACCUCAGCUGGGUUCCUGGAGACCGACAUCGAAACGUUGGCUUUAGUUUCCGUUACCUGAAAAAAAUAGAGGGUGCUGAAUGGGAAGAGUCGGAGAAGAUCAACUCCACACAGGCCUUCUAUCAGCUGCAGGGUCUGGAUUCAGGCGUUAUUUACCAUCUGCAGGUCCUGUCCGGAAACACUUCUUAUGACUGGGAUUUCAAAACGAUAUACAGGCGAGAGUUGCACAAGUCGCCUAGCAACUUUGCGACGGAGGGCUGGUUCAUUGGUCUGAUCAGCGCUCUGGUUCUGCUGCUGCUGGUUCUGCUCCUCCUCUGCUACAUCAAGAAGAGCAAAGGAGGGAAAUAUUCAGUGAAAGAUAAAGAGGAGGGUCAGGGGGACGCAGCAAACCAAAAACUGAAGGAUGACGCCUUCGGAGAGUACAGAUCUCUGGAGAGUGAUAUGGAGAAGUGCUCCAUCAGCCAGCCGUCGGGGUGCGAGAGCAAGCGCAGCAGCAACGACAGUCUGGCGGAUUACGGGGACAGCGUGGACAUCCAGUUCAAUGAGGACGGCUCCUUCAUCGGGCAGUACAGCGGUCGAAGGGAUCCACGCGGGCACGACAGCUCUGGCGCCGUGUCGCCGGUCAACCCCAACAUGCCUCCGCCCAGCCACAGCUUCCCCACCUCCGUCACCGGGAUCCUGGGGCCUAAUUAAUGAUGCAUCAUGGGCCCUUGAGGGACUUUAGACAGGAUAACGAUUUCAGGACGGUCAUGAUUAAAAGUCGUCAUCUGCAGACACUCACACAUCGACACACACUCAUUCCACAGAACGAUUUCUCGUAACAUUCCACCCUGAACACUGUUUACAGCGCCCAUUCCUCUGAGUCCUCACCCGCUGUAGGGAUCGGGGUCCUGCUGGGUGUUGCCGCAGCCGGUUCAGCAUUUAAGCUCAUUGCACACUGAUGCCGAAAUGUCCAUGUUCAAAAAUACAUCUAACCUCAGGUUGUGUCAGUCGCAUUGACACACUGCCUACGAAACUUUCAUCGGUUUUCAAUCAGGCGGAAGGCAAAAUCCAUCAGACCGUCACUCGCAGUACAGAUCACUUCAAGACAAACACAGUGUGUGAAAUAAAGACAGAGUGUGUAGGAUGGUUGAGAAACACUGCUGUAGACAACUGUUUGUGCGCAUGUGCGUGUGUGUGCUUGCAUGUGUGUGUGUGAGUCUGCCAGUCUCUGUUUAGAAUUCGUUUACAAACAGAACGUGUCAAGUGACACAAGCAAAGUACCAAAAUGCUGCUGAUUUCCUGAAGUAAACCUUUAGUCUCAGGACAAUCCUACGCAGUUCUUUGAUACGCUGAACUCUCCAUCCUCUCGGUAGCAUGCAGUGGAUUGGAUGAACGUAAUAUUUUGAAGAGGAAUUGAAUUUUUCGGGGAGGAAUUAAAUCAGAUUUUUUUUUCGUUUGUUGCAACAGAUUAAUUAACACACGUCAGACUCCACGAAAAUAUAUGCGUACAAACAUUUCGGACUUCAGUGUGCAAAGACCUUUAGGGCCAGACUCUUAGAAAUUUAGUAGGAGCAUUAGUCUGCGCUGAGAUUUCUAAAUCAGUGUUUAGACCCAAACCCGGUGCUGGAGGCCUUCAAUUCUGCAGAUUAGCUCCACACAUCCGUCUGGAGGAUUCUAGUAUGUCUACUGAGAGCUUGAUAAGCUGUGUUUCAUUAGGGUUCAGACUAAACUUAUGUGUAUUACCUAAACAGCGAGGUACCUGCCAUACCUGAACCAUACCUGAAUCAUACCUGCCAACAAGUUUUUCCAGGGAGUAUCCUGUAUUUCACAUCCACCUCCCAUCACCCUCCCGUUUUGUUAUUUCUCCUGGAAAUCUCCCAUAUUUCCAACCCCUGUACCAUACCCCCAACACCCCAUCCCAACAAGCCCAUCUUUUUGGUAUAGUCCUCGACACCCCCACUCAUCAACUUUAGUAUAGUAUUGGGUUGCUGGCGCCGUCUGAAAUUCAGUCCAUGGUACAGUUACUGACACCACAACCAUCCCACUCCCCUGGUUCUCAACUUUGUUACUCAGAUUUCCCCACCCACAUCCACACCCAACCCCCAUCCCCCCCCCCCAAUUCAUCUUUUUGGUACAGUCUCCCACAUCCCCACCGGUUCUUCAACUUUAGUACAGUAUCCGGUUGCCGGCGCCUCCCAAACUCUAGUCCAGUGGUCACCAAACUUGUUCCUUGAGGGCCGGUGUCCUGCAGAUUUUAGCUCCAACCCUAAUCAAACACACCUGAACAAGCUAAUCAAGCUCUUACUUGGAAUACUUGAAACAUCCAGGCAGCUGUGUUGAGGCAAGUUGGAGCUAAACCCUGCAGGGACACCGACCCUCCAGGACCAGGAUUAGUGACCCCUGAUCUAGUCCAUGGUACAGUUACUAACACCAAAAAACAUCCCACACCCCUGGUUCUCAACUUUGUAACUCAGAUUUCCCCACCCACUUCCACACCCAAACCCCCCAUCCCCCAACCCAUCUUUUUGGUACAGUUUUCUACACCCCUACUGGGUCAUCAGUUUUAUUAUAGUAUCCAGUCAAUGGCACUGUCUGAAAUCCAGCCCAAGGUACAGUUACUAACACCACAAACAUGCUGCGCCCCUGGUUCUCAACUUUUUUAUUUAAAUUCUCCCACAUCACCAUCCCCACCGACCAUAACCCCCCACCAUAAACCCCCCCACGUGCACCCAGAUGCCCAGAAAUUCAUAUACAAAUGUUGGCAGGUAUGGGUUAAACUAUAUAGUGCUCUUGCCGGAACAAGAGUUUCCCAAAACCUGCCAGAGACCCUUGGUGAUGCCCCGAGCCUGACCCCUUCCCCUCUCCCCCUCACACACUCGAUCUGAACACCACACACACACACACUCACACAUGAACUUCAGGACGCCUUCCUAAGUCUCGUGAAUGAUUGGCUUUUUAAAAAUCCUAUUCCUCAAGAGCCUGAUAAACGAAACAAACAGAUCUCGCUGCCUCUCUGAACAAUGCCUUAUGUAGAAAACAUCAGCUGAGAUGUCUGCAGUGCUGCUGUACGGGGCGCACGCAGCAGAAACAAUGUCCUGAAGGCUGAACAAGGAGAAACAAAAUAAUCAUUCAUGUUUAAUUAUGAGUUAUGUAAAGCCAUUCUUCUUAUUCUUUUUAGUAUUGACUUAAUUUUUUACAUGUUUAUUGUUUUAUAAAGGCUAAUAUAUUUUGCUUUGUAAAUAUCUCAUUUUUUAAGCUUCAGUCGUGUACUAUUAUUGUUUGUUAUUUUGUGUGGGAUGCUUUUCUAAAUCCUUCAUGUUUCUUUUAUAAUGCAGUGUGUAGAAACAUUAAUUAUUCUACCGUCUCUCCGUCUUAAUAAUCAAAGUUCAGGGCCGUGUAUCAUUUGUAUUGUUGCCCAAACGUGUUACGCGAGUAUGUUUUUAAACUAAUUUUUUUGAUGCAAUUGUUACAUUAAAUCCCUCUGGAGUUCAUACAG